UUUUUUUUAUUAUCAAACAAGCAAUGUUUUUACCAAAAGAAAAAGUAAAGCCUCCACGUAGCUUAAGGACUGCUCGGCUUUCAGUAGUGAAAAACAAAAUAUCGACACCUGUUAUGCAAACCACACUAUCAACACCCAACAAAGCGAUUAAAGCUUUAUAUGACUAUCAUGCACAAAGUCCAAAUGAGCUUUCAUUUAAACGAGGCGAUUUCUUUCUAGUGACAGGAAGAGAAGGAGAUCAUUAUUUCUAUGAGGCGUUUAAUCCCAUCACAAAUUCACGUGGUAUAGUGCCGAUACAAUAUUUCCAAGUAUUAGAAAAAGAUGAAAGAGCAAUGACUGAUUCGAGGUCAAAGAAGGGAUUAGCAGAUCAUAAUGAAGCUCAACAUAAAUCUCAGCCAUUGUAUGGAGUUGUCCUCUACGAUUUCCACGCACAAAGAUCAGAUGAAUUAAGCGCAAAGACAGGAGAAUCAAUCAUUGUGAUUGCACAACCUAAUCCCGAAUGGUAUGUGGCGAAACCGAUCGAACGUCUAGGUGGCCCUGGCUUGAUUCCAGUUAAAUAUGUAGACAUUCGCGACGCUUCUACUGGACGAUCUAUAGCAACAAGCAAUCACACACCUCAAAAUGUAGACAGUUGGAAGAAACAAGGAUUAGGGCAUGAAGUGUCGAGUAUGCCUUUGGGUAAACUAGAAAACCAGAUGCAGCAAAUGACAAUUACUGAGGAAGAUGAUGUCUAUGGAGAUUAUUUUGCUACGUCUAUUUCAUCAAGUUCACGUCAUGAUGAAGGAUCUAUCGUCGUAUCAGCAUAUAUCGACUCUUAUAUAUUAGAAGCAGAUCAAUACUGGUUUAUUGUCUUUGCACGCUUAAAGAAUGGAAAGUAUCGAGUUUUAUAUCGACUUUACGAAGAUUUUUAUGACUUUCAAAUUAACUUUUUACAAGAAUUUCCAGCUGAAGCAGGGAAGAGAGAUCAAGAGAGGAUAUUGCCUUAUAUGCCAGGACCAUUAGACACAGUGGAUGAUGAAAUAACAGAGAAACGAGCCAGAGAUCUAUCUACAUACUGUGCAGAUUUAUUAAAAUUACCAAAAUAUCUAUCGGAAAGCACGUGGGUUCAAGAUCAACUAUUUGGUAUUCAUGAAGGCGAUGUCGAAACAGACGUAGAUCCUAGUCAAGGACGAUCUACUCAUCCCAACGAAUCAUCUACAGUCAAUACGGUUAGCGAUACAGCAGUAACAGCAACGUCAUCUUCUUCUUCUUCAACAGCCAAACCAACAAUCAAAGUCAAAAUAGUUUACAAGGAUGAAAUAUUCGCCAUCAAAGUGCCAGUACCGAGCACAUUAGAGUUUUUACAAAACAAAGUAACAAGUCGACUGGGCUUCCCGGUUCAGUUAUUAUAUAAAAAGGAUGGAAACCAACUAACAGAUUUGACAACCGAAAGUUUUGAAGCAGCUGUCCAAUUAGGCAAAUUGACCGUCGUUGCUUCUUGAUCUUUUGAACAAUAAAGCGAAAUACAUUACACAUCUCUUUUUUUUUAUAAAGUCGCGCGAGCAUAACACAUAACGGCUUUAAACGGCAAUUCAACAUGUCACGGAUAUUCUAAAAAAGGGUUAUUUUGUAUUGGCGUAACAUAGUAAUACUAUAAACUUUUAAUAAGCAUCAUGGUAUAAAGCCCAAGUGUCUACAAGUAUGUCAAGGACUGUUGCAUUAUCGAAUAUAUUGAAUAGAGAGGUAAAUAUCUGUAUUUACUGAUAAAAUAUAAUUGCAUAUUUUCCACGUAAAUGAAUAAAGGGACAUAAAGCAAAAAGCCUAUUAUAAAUUCCUUGUAGCAUUAUAGUCUUAGUGCCUCUAUCCUAACAAGGAAUCUAAACUCUAUUGAUAACCGGUCUAGAAAAAGCAUAAAUAUUUGAUCAACUCUGGAUUAAUUACAUAAAAGGCUCUGCAGGGAUGGAAGGAUCGAGAAAAUACACUGAUCACAAUUAUUC